AGAGCGAGGGCCCUCGAACCGGCUGCAGGCAAUGGGAGUUAUGACUCUCCUCCUCCUUUUGGAAAGAUUCCUCUACUCCCGGAGCCCCUAAGGCUGGAGUCAGUAUUCGGGGUCUGCGAGCCCAGACAGCUGGCUCAGGCCCGGCCCGCCACUACCACGCUACUCUUGCAGAAUGGGUUCAGAGUAGUUCGAGGAGCCAGAAAGAGCUCUAGGGACGCACGGGCCGGGAGCAGGAUUGGGAGGCUGGAAAAUGGAAAUAACGGUAGGGAAGACAGACCCUUCCCCACGCAAUCUUGUUUUUUUUUUUUGCUUUUCUUUCCCACUCUUCCCCUACUUCAGUCGUCUGCUGUCUGAUAAUCCCCCGCCCCCAGGUUCUCUUCCAUCCUGUGUCCGGUUCCCUGGAGUCUUGGGUGUGACAUUGGAAGUGUCUGGGACAGGAGUCACAGGCUCCCUGAGGACCUCCCUGGACCCGGGUCUGGAGAUCUACAAGAAGCUGUUUGAGGUGAAGCGGCGGGAGCAGCUGUUGGCAUUGAAAAACCUGGUCCAGCUGAAUGAUGUCCACCAGCAGUACAAGAUCCUUGAUGUCAUGCUCAAGGGGCUCUUUAAGGUGCUGGAGGACUCCCGGACAGUGCUCAUCGCUGCGGACGUGCUGCCAGAUGGGCCCUUCCCCCAGGAUGAGAAGCUGAAGGAUGCUUUCUCCCAAGUGAUGGAGAACACGGCUUUCUUCGGUGACGUGGUGCUGCGCUUCCCAAGGAUCGUGCACCAUUACUUUGACCACAACUCCAACUGGAAUCUCCUCAUCCGCUGGGGCAUCAGCUUCUGCAACCAGUCGGGUGUCUUUGACCAGGGGCCCCACUCGCCCAUCCUCAGCCUGAUGGCCCAGGAGCUGGGGAUCAGCGAGAAAGGCUCUGACUUCCAGAACCCAUUUAAAGUAGAUCACACAGAGUUCAUCUCUAGCACUGACCCUCUCCAGAAGGCCCUGAGAGAAGAGGAGAAGCGCCGGAAGAAAGAGGAGAAGCGGAAAGAAAUCCGAAAAGGCCCGCGGAUCUCGAGAUCCCGGUCUGAGUUAUAGGCCCAUUGUAGCCCAGGGUUCAAGAGGCCAGGGGGAAGAGGAAGAGGCAGCACGGCCAAGGUGAAGCAGCGCUGACUGCUUGGUGGUGAGAGCUGGCCCUUGUGAAGGGAGGCCCUGUUUGCUUGGCCCCCUGGAGCUGGCUUUGAGGCCCAACUGAAGAGGCUGGGCUACAGAGGGCUGGAUUUCCUCCCAGGGGCUUCCCUGGAGGGAGCGUGGAGGGGACCUUCAGGGGACACUGUGCUGCAGAUCUAACCCUGUGGAGAUGCUGGGGGAGGUAGGAGGGGUCCAGGGCUGUACCCUUCCAGCGGAUGAGGACUGAUGGCCGGCUGGCUGCUGCCCUUUAUGGGGAGGUAGCAGAACCAGGCUCCGAGCCAUGUGUGGUGGUGCCAGUGUCACUGAGCCACAUGGCAUGAGUUCCAGCCCCCUGCAGAGAUGCAAUAAAAGCCAGCCAACCCUCUGGGCAAGUCACAGCUGGUUUGGGCCCCAGGUAGCUAUGAAGCCCUUUACCAGGUGGGUAACCAGAGGCCCUCAGAGACGUACUGAGCACCUGAGAGUAUGUUCCCAUCUCAUCAGGAGAGCCCCAGGCCCUUGGGAGGUGGGGGAGGAGGGGCAGUGAAGCAGGGCCUUGGUUUGGCCCCCUAAUCCCUUCUUAGCACUGUCCUUGAAGGAUCAGUGUUGGAAAGGGACAGGAAGGGUCCUAGGAAUGUGUUUAUCCAAAGUGACCAUGGAGCAACAUGAUCUCUCUCCUCUACUAUCUGGGGACAGUCAUAGAACAGGCACAGGGAAGCGUUAGUCUAUUCUCUCUGGCAAUGCUGGGAGACCCUCAGCCUUUGGGCAGGGGGUAGGGGGACAGGCUGCAGCUCUGCAGAAGGCUAUGCUUUGUGAUGGCAAAGCUGCUCCAAGCUUGAUUCAUCAGACGGUGAGCUCUCUGGUUCAGGAUGCAUGCGAGCAGAGACCUGUGCCACAGGGCAGGGAAGGCGCAGAGGCUCUGAGGGAGCAGCUGCCCUUCAGUUGUGCUCUUCCCAGGGAGAGGAGGGAGGGGCUCUGGAGGGAAUUCUAGCUCUGUCUCUUUGACCUUGGCAAGCCAGGGCCUGCCUCUUAACAGGGGAGAGAUGUAACUUUCCUGAACCCACCACCACUACCACCACUAUCAAAGCCCAAGGGAGACCCAAGUCUUGUCUCAGCCCAUCAGACUUGCUGAGUGAGCCUGGCCCACCUCUUGUCUGUGCUGUGGCUUCAUUGACCAAAUGAAUUUGAUAAUGUCUGAAUUGCUUGCCUAGCCCUUCUCCAAGGCUGGGGUCUGCCUUUUCAGUGACAGGUGGCCUUCUCGGAUGGUUCUUCAUUGUUCUAUAAAUUUGCUAAGCACCCACUGUAAGCACAGCCAGAGAGAGGGGUCCAGUCUUCACCUCUGCCCUAUCUGGUACCUUUAUGCUCCUGGGCUCCUCCUAACACAUCUUCCGCCUCUCUCCAUCUUGGUCGAUAUCUUCCUCUCCAUCUUCAAACCCCAUCUGACACCAUCAGAGAAACAGACAGAAUCACCUACUUCCCCUUUCUCCUUCCUGUUGCUGCACUGUUGAUUGUUGUGGUCACUCGUUCCUGAAACUCCACCUUGAGUCUUACUGUACGCAGAGCCUGUCCACCUCCCCCGCUGGAAGCUGUAGAGACCCAAGGGUACUGUUUGUCCAGCCUCCUUGCCUCUGGGAUUCAGUUAUGUGGCUGAAAUGCCAUCACCAGCCUGUGUGAGUGGCGCUGGUAGAAGCAGUGGCCCCAGGGGUGCCCAAUGAUGUCUUCAGUGUUGCUUUUAGUGUGGUCUUAGAUUUUGUUCCUGUGUUGAGUUUCCAGGCCUGAUCUGAGACACCCAUGGAAAGUCUUGGAGUUCCCAAUAUCCCCUAAGGCAAGUCUUCUCAUCAGUGGCACUGUUUACACUUGGGGCCACAUACUUCUUUGCUGUGACUGUGAGGAGGGCUGUGUGUAUUAUAGGAUACUUAGCAGCAUUCUUGGCUGCUCACUAAAUCUGUAGUGAUCUCCCAGUAUGACAUCCAACCACAUCUCAGACACUGCUAAAUGUGAUAUGGGAAACUUUGAAAAACCUCUGUUUAACCUUUAUUUGCCCAGGCGCCAGGCGCCCUAGAGAGAAUGAUGGGGCCGUCUGGGAGGGCGGGUGGCCAGAUAGUGAGGACUGGAACUAGCACCCCUGCUGAUAGAACAAUUAUCACAUUCUGCUUCUGUAUCCCACAUUUGUCACUUAGACAGGAAGACCCCUAAUCUAUAUAUUCCCCAAGAAACUUUUGUUCGGGGCUCAGAAUUUGGAGACUUACUCCUCUGGGCCCAUGCACUUUAAGUAAUAAACCUCGUACUCCAGAAUCCCUCGGUGUCUGGUCGCUUCAUUUUCCUAUAACAGGUGUCCCCUGGGAGCAAAGCAUUCCUGGCCUACCCACUACCCUUCUUCCUCCCUACUGCAGCCCCCAUCCUCCUCUGCCGACUCCCGUUGCUGCCCACAGAGUGAUACUGUUGAUCCGCCCAGGCUUCUGGGCCACCGUGUUGUCCUGGUUCUCUGCCCUUGGUCUGAGCCUGCUCUGUCUCUUCCUGAUCCAUCUUUCCUCA